CUGUUUUUUUGGUGUGGAAAUACCGUGGAACUGAAACGGCCAACGUUAUAGAUCAGGAACAAGGAAGACACAUCGCUAUUAGAUAGAAUAGAUAUUUGAAGUAUGCGGUAUCAGCACUAGGUGUCAGGCUGAAAGGUUGAACUAGUUACGGACCUCCCGCUGCUUCGAAACGCAAGCUUGGUCUAGAACAGCAAAGCCGGUGGCGUAAGCUGUCGCGAUGUUGUAAACCAUGGACUGCAGAAUAAACGAGAUUCCCGAGAGGACGUUUGAUUUGGUACUACAGGUUGCAUGCCCAACAUCUGAAAAUGAAGAUCCUGCCGUGCGGUGGAGCUUCCCCCAGGACUACACAGACCAGGAGGUUCUCCAGACGGUGCCCAAGUUCUGCUUCCCCUUCGAUGUGGAGAGGGUUUCCCAGAGUCAGGUGGGUCAGAACUUUACCUUUGUGCUGACGGACAUCGAGAGCAAGCAGAGGUUUGGCUUCUGCAGACUCACCUCCGGCUGCCGCGUCUGCAUCUGUCUGCUCAGUUAUCUGCCCUGGUUUGAGAUCUAUUACAAGCUCCUGAACACGCUAGCAGAUUACCUAACCACAAACCAGGAGAAUGAGCUGAAUGACAUGCUGAACUCCCUGUACAGUCUGCCUGUGCCGAAGCCCUUCACCCCAGUCAACCUGAAUGUGACCGCGCUGUUGCAUAUAGCCACUGGGCAAGUACUGAAAGAUGCACCAAGCCAGCAGCCGCACUCCUACUUCAUAACCCCAGAUAUCAAUGGCCUGCCCACCAUCCCAGAGAGUAGGAACCUGACAGAGUAUUUUGUGGCGGUGGACGUCAACAACAUGCUGCAGCUGUACGCCAGCAUGCUGCACGAACGACGCAUCAUCAUUACCUCAAGCAAGCUUAGCACUCUAACUGCGUGUGUCCACGGCUCAGCUGCCAUGUUGUUCCCCAUGUACUGGCAACACAUUUACAUCCCUGUACUGCCUCCACAUCUUCUGGACUACUGCUGUGCCCCCAUGCCGUACCUGGUAGGAGUUCAUCUCAGUCUGCUAGAGAGAGUGCGUAGCAGGUCAUUGGAGGAUGUGGUGAUACUAAAUGUUGACACCAAUACGCUGGAGAGCCCCCAGAAUGACCUGCAGAACCUGCCCAGUGACGUGGUCCACUCUCUGAAGAGUAAGCUGAAGAAGCAGUCGACAGCAACAGGAAGUGGAGUAUCGAGGUCCUUCCUCCGGGCUCAGGCUGCUCUGUUUGGAUCCUACAGAGACGCCCUCCGAUACAAACCUGGUGAACCAAUCACGUUCUGCGAGGAGAGUUUUGUGGCUCACCGGUCCAGCACCAUGAAACACUUCCUGGAGAUGGCCGUCAACCUGCAGCUCUUCAAACAGUUUAUUGACGGCCGUCUGGCCAAGCUGAACGCGGGAAGAGGCUUCACUGACCUGUUCGAGGAGGAGAUCACUGAGGGAGGCUUCUGUGGAAGUAAUUCCAAGUCUUAUCAACAGUGGGUGCACACAGUCAAGAGAGGCGGAGCGCUGAUCAACACUGCAGUGACUAAGAGAGGCGGAGCGCUGAUCAACACUGCAGUGACUAAGGCAAAAAGGCAUGCCAAGAGGGGCAUUCGCAGGCUCAAACAAAGGGAAGAGGAGGAGGGUGUGCCGUUCUGUUCAGGGUCUCCCACCAGCACCAAGAGUCUUUCGCCACAAAGAGGAAUGGAGAAGAGGAGACGGCAUUAUGACACCAAGUCUCCCAUGGGGUGUCCUGACUUUGCCAUCGAUGGCGAUGAAGAGGACAGUGCCAACAAGAUCUCGUCUGAGGACAGUGGGGAGGUGGCGUCCUACACCGAGGACAGCGACGACUCCUAUUCGCUGGAGCUGGAGACAGACUCCGCCCACACGGGCCAGAUGAACCUAUUGGAGGAGAUCCUGGACACUCUGAGCACCACCAGCACAGAGCGCGGCAAACUCAGCGCUGCCAAGAGCCUGGACUUCUUCAGAUCCAUGGACGACAUCAACGACAACGCACCGAACACGUCCAACCCCCCCAGUGAGAGCAACCUGCCCCAGCUGUGUACUACUGGCAGCGGGGUGGGGGGUGGGGGAGGAGGAGGAGAACAGCGAGGGGGCUGGCAGGACGACGGGGCCCUCCACAGGAAACACCUGCCCCCCUCCCCACGUAGACAGCCCAGCAAGAGCAGCCUCAAGAGGCCGAAGCAAAUCCCCUCAACAGCCUCUCCACCCGCCCUAGCUCCAGCCCCAGCUCCAGCCCCAGCCCCAGCCCCAGCCCCAGCCCCAGCCCCAGCCCAGGACAACCAGGUCCCCAAUCUCCAGCCCAAGACCCAGGCCCCUCAGACCAAGGCCCAGCACAAAAUCCAACCUAAUCCCCAGGCCCUUUAUGCCAAGCCCCAGAUGUGUCUGUCUCAGCUCCGUCCAGAGGAGCCUUCGCUCCCCACACCUCCAUCACCAUCCCUGGGAGACCACUACAUCUCAUCCAACCGCUCUCCAGCAACAACUCGUGCCUCCACAUGCAAUCCUCCACUGGCAACACACACCCCUCCACACUCCCCACCGCUAACCCACACUAGAGCGUCGCCAAACCCCCAGCCGCUCAGCCCUGAGUCCAAACCCCAGACUACCUCCAGCAUCCUGCGGAGGAAGGUGCUGUCCAAGGAGACGAUGAGGCAGUACCAGGACAAGGCCCUCCAGAAGCAGGGCAGCAAGGACCGAGAUAGCCUGGGGGUGAAUGUGAAGGCCAGGCAACCCUCUGUGCUGGUCCCCUGGGAGAGAGAGUGCCCCGAGGAGAAGGGUCAGGGAGAGGACCUGGAGCUUGGGAAGGAACAGGGCAGGGUCUCGGGGGAAGAGGUCCAGGAGAAAGGACUUCUGGAGGAGAUAGAUUCCAUGUGUCAUCUCAGCUCAGACUUUCAGACCAGCCUACAACUGUCCCAGGUCCACUGCAACACCAACAACACCCAUGAUAAUACCCAUGCCAACAACCACAGCAAAGCCACAGACAACUCCUGAGACAGAAACAGGGACAAGGGACAGGGGUGGUUGAGGUAGAAAUUGCCUCUAACCACAGAUCUAGAAUCAGACUGCCCUCCUCAAAUCUUAACCUUAACCACUGAGGGAAAAAUGCAAAAACGGACCUUGGACUAGUGUCUAGGAGAAACGGCAUCCUACUGGAAAGAACAGGAAGUCACAGUGACACUGCCAGGCAACAGGAAAUGAUGUGUGUGUUCGCCCUGAUCCGAUUCCAUCGUGUCUUGUGUGACUCUUUGACUUACGCUUGAUCUUUUCCUCUUCCUGCCAAGUUUAGGGGUUAGAGUUGAAGACUGGUCAUCUUGGUUCUCUUUCUUGUAACAUGCUACGGAAUUAAAACAAACCGUCUUCUAAAUUAAACAGACUUCCCAUGGAAACAAAGGGAAAUCUGUCGUGGAUUUGCACUCGCGUGAAAGGGUACUUAUUACUCACUUAAAUGGUACUAAAAUAUCAGUGUGUUUUAAUUAACAGAGAACACAUUUAGUUUUCCUGAGAUCUGAAAGUAUUGUAAAGACACAAAGUAACCCCCCGACCUAAGUAACUGUUCCGCUGUAUAGUUUCCUAACACAAUGCCUUAAACGGAGCUGUGAUUUGCUUUUGGCACAGCUCAGUUUUAAAAUGUAUAAUAUGUAGCUGUUACUCUGGAAACGUUUGAUCUGCUUAGAUCCACUAUCACAUGUCAUGAAUGUGGAAAAUGGACAGCUUUCUCACUGCGCGUACAGACAGUAAAGAUAGUUUAAUAUAUGUUGCUCCGUUUAGUUUGAUUUCAGAAGUUUCUAUUUAGAGAUGUAUUUUUCUCAAGUGUUUGUUUCUCAGGAUGCUCCUGUUUGUUAGGACAUCAAGGAGAAGAGGAGUUGUGUAAACAGAUGAUAGGAAUGAAUAGACAAUCCACUCUCUCUCUGGCGCUCUCUGUCUGUUUUGCUCUCUCCAUCUCUCUUUCGCUCUCCAACACUCUCUUUUUCCAUCUCUCCACUCCUUUGCGCUCGUGCACACUCUCCUUUCUUCACCCUUCCUUACUCACCAUCUUACAACAUCUCUCUCCAUCCUACCCUCACAUGCUCUCCUCCUCGCUUCCCUCUUUCUCACGGUUUUUGGUGCUGACAGUUAAAAUGGAGGCCAGUAGAGUUGAGUUCUUUAGAAGGAGUGGGAUUUCACAAACUGAAAUCGCUGCUAUGUGCGCACACCAAAUGAAACGCGAGCUUUCCCAUAUACUCUGAGGUGACGCUUUCACACUGUGUUUUACCGGAAGGCUUUAGAUGAUUGUAGAAGGAUAAAAAAAAAAGAAGCAAUACGGCUCUCCUCGGAGAGUAUGGACAGACGUCUGAAGUGAUUUUAAAACAAUCUCCCAUUGAGAGAAUGCAAGCCCUUUGGGUAAUGUCCAGAGAUGGUGGCCACUCACUAUCGUACCACUAUAGUACAUACAGACAGGAUAAAGUAUUUUCCAGGGCUUGUUUGUGGUGAUGUUAUUGUUGAUGAUGAGUUUAGCCAGUUUGCUGUAGUGCCGUUGGGUGUGACGGUUUAACGGUAGCCCUCGGCCCCUCCUGAGUGCUGGGCUGUGGUAACGAUGAGGUUGUAAAGCGUUCUCCGUGGUUCUGAGAAGUCCCUCGCCUCAGCUGUUAAUUUGGAUUUGAAAGGGCCCCGUGUACAAUCUGUUGGCCUGUUUUAUUUCACUCCCCAAAAUGUUACCUAUUUGGACAGUUUUUAAGUUUGAAAGCUGUCAAUAUACUAUGCAAAAAAAAGUUUCCAAAUUCUGAAUAGAAUUUUAGGUUACCAAUAUUCAUGAAUUGUAAUCAGAUCAGGUAAUUGAUAAUCAUAUUUGUAAAUCCAUUGAUAACUGAUGGUUGCAUUAGAUUAUCUCUAAUUUGGCCAGAAUGUGGGUUUGUGUGUAAGAAUGAAGGACGUGCCUUAUAUGAGUAAUACUUAGUGUAGUCAACACAAGGUAUUAGGGAGAAAAUGCCAUGGCUAAUGUAUCUUAAAGCUGCUACAUGUAACUUUUCGCAUUGAAAGCCAGUCUAAGAAGCGGUAGAUCUGUUCUAUGUGCACUAUUUCUAUGCUUACCAUUUUUAAGUUGAGUUUUUACUUUCGAUUUUGUACACCAACUUCAAACAGCUGAAAAUCGAAUAUUUUUGGUUAUUGAAAAUAUAUUUCACAGCGGUUUAGAUGGUACAAUGAUUCUCAACACUAUACUUGCUUGUUUUGUCACAUAAACUGAAAUUAGUUGAACUAUUAGAAUUUUAGGAACCAGGAAAUGGAGGAGUGAUUUCCGCAUAGUGGAUCUUUAAAGAGUCAAGUCCUCUCAACAUUUCAAUAGAUAUUGUCUGCAAUGUAUAUGCAUGGAGAACCAGUGGUCCACUUAGUAAUGAGACUCAGAGAAUAUACCACGUCCUUAAAUGUAUGUUGUUCAGUUCUUUAACCUAUGAAACCUAGUUCAACCUAUUUGAUCUACUAGAUGCUGUCAUUUACUUUCUAUGUUUGAUUCAUUCUAUUUCUAUGUUUUUACAUGUUUAUAAUCAAGCUUAACUUGUGCUGUUAAUGUUUUUCUCUUUGCUGAUAUUGCAAUGAUCUUUCUGACUGAGCUCACAAAAUGGAGAAUGAUCUUGCUGUGCUUUGUUGGAAUAGGUUAUGUAUGUAGUUAUAUUUCAAGGUUUAUUUCAGAAUGAUGAAAGAUUAUUUUCAGUGAUUAGACAUGAAUUUUUUCUGAUUACAGUAUUUUACAAGGAGAAUAUAUAACUGCUAUUAUAAUAUAUAGCAUAUUACUCACUUAGCAUGUUACAGUAUUUCAGUUCAUGAGGUGGCAGAAAUGCUUGCAAAUUAAUUUGCUUUAUUUUUCAGUUUUUGUUAUGCAUGUACAGUAGUAUAUGAAUGAUGUCUUUUUAAAUUCAAAAUGUUUUUUUUUCUUCAAAAUAUUGGCACGUUCUGCUAAUCUCUUUUUGUUGUUGUUAAUCAAAUGAAAAAAAUAUGGUUACGGUAGUAUUGUCCAAUCUCCACACUUGCCUUGCAAACAUGGUGUUGAAAUACUGUACUUAGUGGUUAUUUUAUUGUCGAACUGAAUUUAUUUCUCAUGUACUACAUGACUACUGUAUUAAACUGCAAUGGAUUGUGAUGGUUUACUUGAGCAUAAUACUUGCAAUAGUCAGCUAGGAAUCCUGUGAGGCUGAGUAUCUGUGUACUGAAAAGCUGGUAUUUGUAUCACUGAAUGUCUGUUUACUGUCUCACUGCUUACUGGCUGAUGCAGAAGGAAACCGGAUGAAAGCUGACAGCUUCUAUUCUCUUAUGCUAUGAUUGCAUUUCCCUUUUUCCUAAUACUCAUGUGAUAUUCAAGAUCAAAACCAACUGACUGUCAAGAAAACUAACAGAGGCAUUAUCACUUGUCUUUUAAAACGUCCAUUUAGUGACUGACAAUACUGACAGUUAAUUCAUUCACCAUUUUCACUGGUCUUGAGACAUGGUACUGUAAUGAUUUGAAUAUGCCGUAUACAACCUACUCAUGUCUAGUGUGUGCACACUUACUUGCAUGUUCUCAGUGCAGAGAAAAAAACAACAUAUAGGUGAAUGUAACACACUAUGGACAACUGUAUCCACUGUGAACUUAAACAUUAAUUAUAUUUAUGUUUAUGCAACAUUUUCCUGUAUUCCUUUUUCAAUUCUUUCUCAAUAAAGAAAACAUAAUUAUACGAAA